UCUGACCCCCUCUCCUCCAGCCUGCCCGCCAAGCUCAUCAAUGGCGGCAUCGCCGGGCUCAUCGGGGUCACCUGCGUGUUCCCCAUCGACCUGGCCAAGACCAGGCUGCAGAACCAGCAGAACGGCCAGCGCAUCUACACCAGCAUGUCCGACUGCCUGAUCAAGACCAUCCGCUCCGAGGGCUACUUCGGCAUGUACCGCGGAGCCGCCGUGAACCUGACCCUCGUCACCCCUGAGAAGGCCAUCAAGCUGGCAGCCAACGACUUCUUCCGCCACCAGCUCUCCAAGGAUGGGCAGAAGCUGACGCUGCUCAAGGAGAUGCUGGCGGGCUGCGGGGCAGGCACCUGCCAGGUGAUCGUCACCACCCCCAUGGAGAUGCUCAAGAUCCAGCUGCAGGACGCGGGGCGCAUCGCUGCCCAGAGGAAGAUUCUGGCCGCGCAGGCCCAGCUCUCUGCCCAGGGGGGCCCUCAGCCCACAGUGGAGCCCCUGGCCGCCCCCCGGCCCACAGCCACCCAGCUGGCCCGGGACCUGCUGCGGAGCCACGGCGUGGCAGGCCUCUACAAGGGCCUGGGCGCCACGCUGCUCAGGGAUGUGCCCUUCUCCAUCGUCUACUUCCCCCUCUUUGCCAACCUGAACCAGCUGGGCCAGCCCGCAUCCGGGGAGAAGUCGCCCUUCUACGUGUCCUUCCUGGCCGGCUGCGUGGCCGGGAGCGCAGCUGCGGUGGCCGUGAACCCCUGUGACGUGGUGAAGACCAGGCUGCAGUCGCUUCAGCGUGGCGUCAACGAGGACACCUACUCGGGGUUUCUGGACUGUGCCAGGAAGAUUCUCCGCCACGAGGGCCCCUCCGCCUUCCUGAAGGGCGCCUACUGCCGCGCGCUGGUGAUCGCCCCACUGUUCGGCAUCGCCCAGGUGGUCUACUUCCUGGGCAUCGCCGAGACCCUGCUGGGGCUGCUGCAGGACCCCCGGCCCUGAGCCCGCCGCCCCCUCUCCCCCAGCUCCGCGGGACCAGGUGCCGCCAGAGACGGCCCGGGCGCCUUUCCCCUCCCCACGGGGUGCCCGGGAGCCGGGGAAGGGAGGUGGGCCCCAGGGGCCUCCCGCCGCGUCCCUGGUGUCAGUGUGGUGUGUCCUAGACGGCGCAGAACCUCCACAUUCCUGGAGCCAGCCCCCCAGCUCUGCCCGGCCGGACACUCCAGGACAGAGCUGGUCUCUGGGCUGGGGGCCCCAGCCCCGGCUGGGCGAGCUGGACCCUACUCCCCCACCCACCGGUUCUCGUCCCUGAGCCGUGGCCCCUCGUCCAGGGAGGCGCCCUACAGACCUAUUUAUUAACCCCCAGCACAGGCGGCGCUGCCUCCCCCCUCCCCCGCCAGCCGCCUGGGG